AUGUCGUCCAGCCUGGCUCCGAUCGACGCCGCAAGGCUCACGGUGGUGACCACCACCGCCCCAAAAGAAAAGAUUGCAAACGAGAAGUUGGUGUUUGGCCAGUCGUUCACAGACCACAUGCUCAAGAUCCCGUUCAACACCACGAGCGGGUGGGGCGCCCCUGAGAUCGUGCCCUACGGCCCGCUAGCACUGGACCCCUCGUGCUGCGUGUUCCACUACGCGUUCGAGCUCUUCGAGGGCUUGAAGGCGUACAAGGACAACAAGGGCGACAUCCGGAUGUUCAGACCGGAUAUGAACAUGGCCAGAAUGAACAAGUCGGCCGACCGCAUCUGCUUGCCCACGUUCGACUCCGAGGAGGUGAUCAAGUUGAUUGGCGAGUUGUUGAAGCUCGACAACCGCUUCAUCCCGGCCGAAAAGGGCUACUCCAUGUACAUCAGACCCACCUUGAUCGGCACGUCGUCCGGCUUGGGUGUCCACACCCCGGACGAGGCCCUUCUCUUCGUCAUCUGCUCCCCCGUGGGGCCCUACUACAAGACCGGCUUCCAGGCCGUCCGCUUGGAGGCCACCGACUACGCCACGAGAGCGUGGCCCGGCGGUGUCGGCGACAAGAAGUUGGGCGCCAACUACGCCCCAUGCAUCAAGCCCCAGCUAGAGGCCGCCAAGAGAGGCUACCAGCAGAACCUCUGGUUGUUCGGCCCGGAGAAGUACGUCACCGAGGUCGGCACAAUGAACUUCUUCUGCGUGCUUAAGGACUCCAAGACGGGCAAGAACGAGCUUGUCACCGCCCCAUUGGACGGCACCAUUUUGGAGGGUAUCACGAGAGACUCCAUUCUCUCCUUGGCCAGAGAAAGAUUGAACCCGGACGAGUGGAUCAUCAGCGAGAGAUACUGCUCCAUCGACGAGAUCGCCGCCAAGGCCGCCAAGGGCGAGUUGGUGGAGGCCUUUGGCUCCGGUACCGCUGCCGUCGUCUCCCCAAUCAAGGAGAUCGGCUACAAGGGCGAGGCAAUCCACGUGCCUUUGCUUCCGGGCGAGCAGUCCGGUCCGCUCACCAAGCAGGUCCUGAACUGGAUCCAGGAGCUCCAGUACGGUGACGUCGAGAGCGACUGGUCCAGAGUCUUCAAGAUCACCCCUUAG